CAUAAAUUAAGAUACCAACAAUUUAUUGAAGCAUGUACAUACUAGAAUGAAAGAUAGUACAUUAUUUCAUAUAAAAAUACAUCUAUGGUGACGCUUGACUUGGAAAAAUAGAUGUUCAAUUUGUCAUGAGCCAGCUUAGAUUGGGCGGGAAAAAGAGGAAAAAAUAAUGGUAGCUUCUGUGAUUCAGUCUUAAUAAGCCGUCCAAUAUACAAAAACUUCACAAAAGUCCAAUAAGAAGAGACACAUACAUGAAAACAAAAAUAGGAGAAAAAGAAAAAACCAAAAGGCAUUCAUCGUCGUGUAUGAACUAGGCUGUAAGAUGCUCUAUUUCCUCUUGCCAACAAAAUUUGAAAUAAGGCAGACCCCAGCAGUUACAUGUACGUUUCUGUCAUUAAACAAUUAACUGUAGCCAUGUCCUUCCAUUUUGAUCGAAAGCUGAUCUCUGAAUCUUUUGAUAAUUCCACCAGCAAAACUUGUAGCAGCUAUUAUUGCAACCCAGAGGUGUAUCGUUCUAUAGUUUGUCCGCUGCGAUGUUUUAAUACUUGCCCGCGUAUCUGUCUGCUUCCAGAAUUCGAACCAUCACCACCAAAUUUCACACCUAAAGUUACUCUUCCGCAUUCUCCAAAUAAACACACUGUUUCCAUCUUCUUGAUCCUUCUAAUUUCAGUCUUAGGCAUUGCCGUCUACAUAUUCUGUGCCUACGCCAUCCACAAAUUCAGCAACUCAAGAACUUCUUCACAACCGGAGCAACAAGUAGUAGGAGGAGGAGGAGAAGAAGAGUUAAGUGAUAUUCAAACGGUGGGUCUUCAGCAAUCAGUCAUCAGCGCCAUCACAAUCCGCAAGUAUAAAAAAGGUGAAGGGCUAAUUGAAGGAACAGAGUGCUCUGUUUGCUUGAGUGAGUUUCAAGAAGAUGAAACUCUUAGGAUUUUGCCAAAGUGUAACCAUGCUUUUCACAUACCUUGCAUUGACACUUGGCUCGAAUCACACAUCAAUUGUCCCAUGUGCCGUGCCGACAUUGUCAUCACAAUUCCCACCACUUGCAGCUUUCAUUGAGCAAAACGUGUGACCAGCUCAUCUAACAGCUUAAAUUGUUGAGAAACAUAUUUUUAUUUACCUUUACAGCAUGACAUGGCUCUUAGCUUAUAGUCAAACUUAAUUCUUUUCCAUGAGCUAAAUACUUGGUUUUUUAUAAUGGAUAGCUAUGCGAUUCAAACUCAGGAUCUUUGCCACUUAACAUACCAAUGAAAUCUGUGACACUCUUAUCCAAAAACUAAGUUACUAGACAAAGUACACUUUAUUUUUUUAGUUAUCUCUAUAUUGCAGAAAAUUAAGCGCUAAGACUUGGACGAGGAGAUUCGUGCAGAAAAUUUCAGAAAAUGCCACGGAAUUAAGGAUUGACAUUCGAAAUGAAGACGAGUCAGGAGAUCUAAGUACUUUGGGUAUCAGUGUAAGUUCAAAGGAAGAUGUGGUGAAUGCUCCUGAAGUCUGAAGGAGAGUUAAAUAAGGUACAUGAUGGAAGAUGUGCUUAAACAGCGGAAGCAAAAAUGCAUAAACUUUGCAUGUGAGAUAGACAAGAUACAUAUCAAAUUUUAUUCAAACAUAAAUCGAGGAAUACCUCUUGAAGUGUGUGAUAAUCCCAUGAACAUCUUUGAUCCACAAUCUUCAGUUGUGUGAUCCCAGUAACAACAGGACUUAAGACUCGUGUGAGAAAGUCAGGAUCUCAGAG